AUACACAUACAUUAAAGACUAGGUAUAUAUUACUUAUUAGUACUGAUCAUGGCUAAGUUUGCUUCCAUCAUUGUCCUUCUCUUUGCUGCUCUUGUCCUUUUUGCUGGUUUCGAAGCGCCAACAAUGGUGGAAGCACAGAAGUUGUGUGAGAGGCCAAGUGGGACAUGGUCAGGAGUUUGUGGAAACAAUAAUGCGUGUAAGAAUCAGUGCAUUCGACUUGAGAAAGCACGACAUGGAUCUUGCAACUAUGUCUUCCCAGCUCACAAGUGUAUCUGCUAUUUCCCUUGUUAAUUCCAUAAACUCUUUGGUGGUUUAAUAGUG